ACGGCCCUGCACCUGGCUGUGUAUCUGGACCAGCCCAGCACAGUCCGGGCCCUCGUGCAAAGAGGGGCAAGCCGGACGCUGCAGGACAGGCACGGGGACACCGCCCUGCACCUGGCCUGUCAGCACCAGCACCUGGACUGCGCCCGGUAUCUCUUGGAGGUUCCCCCUCACCGAUGCCGGAGUCAGCAGCACCAUCCAGAGCUUCGGCUACAGAACUGGCAAGGCUUGACCUGCCUGCACCUUGCUACAUUGCAGAGAAAUCGUCCUCUGAUGGAAUUGCUGCUCCAAAAUGGGGCAGACAUUGACAUCCAGGAGGGCACCAGCGGGAAGACAGCCCUUCACCUGGCCGUGGAGACCCAAGACAGGUCACUGGUGCGGUUUCUGCUUCGGGCAGGAGCUCGAGUGGACGCCCGAAUGCACAAUGGCUGUACCCCACUCCACCUCGCUACUGGGCGCCAUCUGUCGGGCAUCGUUGCCACUCUGUGCCAGGCAGGGGCUGACUCCUUUCUCCGGAAUGUUGAGGAUGAGACCCCACAGGACUUGGCUGAUGAUCCUCUCACUCUUCUGCCAUUUGAUGACCUGAAGAUUUCUGGGAAGCCCCUGCUAUGUACUGACUGAAGGGCCUGGGCCCUUACUGCCUCCUUCCUCAAUCCAACCUCCUCCACUGGGCCACUGCCUAGACUCCAGCUCACAAGGACAAUGAGCUGCUGUGAGCCUCUGGGCAUCUGUCUGUCUUCUUCGUCCUAUCGAAGAAAGGGUAGGCAUGGGCAUGAGGAUCUCUGUAAGAGACUGUGACUGGGCAGAGAAAUGCUGAGAGGACCUAGAAUCCCAAGGAGCAGACACAGAAACUACACCACAAAGGCAAUUUGUUUGGGAGGAAAUCAACUUUCUUAGACUCAGUUGUCAUGAGAAGGAGUAGUGAGAUGCUUACAACAGGGGUCUCCCCUUCCCCUUUACAAAUAUGGAACCAGAAGCUCCAUCCAUGCUGUGAUUCUCUGGGGAGCUGGAGUCCUGGGUAUCACUGGGAACAUUUCCAGAGAAAGCCUGAAACUGGUGGCUGAGGGAAGAGGAUGAAGAAGCAUCCACAGGAGUUUGUCCCAUAGGAAAUCCUCAUCUUGUCGCUUUGGAUGCUGAGAAUAGCAGCAAGUAGUUGUUUAAAGGACUUCUGUCAAGCCUGGACUGUGUUUUGAGGAAGGAGAAUGCCAUGACAC